AUGCUGCUCAGUUCCAUGCCCAACGAUACCGAGAACUCGCAGGAGAGUCCCCAGGCAGUGAUGCCUGAUGCAUCCACGUCUACGGGAUCUGUGUCUGAUCUCAUGCCCCCAUACUUCUCUAGUUCCUCGGACACCUGUACCCAGCCACCCUUAGACCUCGAACUUGAUACGAUGUACCAUCAGAUGUGGCUGGCUCCCCAGACCUCUCAGACAUCUCAGAUGUACAGUAGCCUCGGAUCCCUCCCAUCCACAAACCCCCUGCAGCAAACUGACUCUUCCUGGCCAUCUCUCAACCAGCAAUCCUCCCACUGGAACAGCUCACAACAGUCCCUCUCCCCAUUUUCCAUCGACCAACAAAUGAUCAACACAUCUAACUGCAACCUGACUUCAGCGAUCCUGCUCCAAAUCUACCAUGACGUGCUAGAGCAUAACCUAUCAUGCUGGCUAAGCGAAAUGACUUGUCCCUACCAACAGGGGUCACGAAAUACCUCUCAUGCUGUACCCGAAUGGGGCCCCUCGCAGUCCAGCAUGACAUACCAGCGCACGAUCAGGCUCGAUCGUGUCGCACAGUCUUCCAAGUUACUGUCACUAACACCCGCCGAGGAUCGGGCCGCGUCCAGGGCUCUGCACCUCGCAAUGAUGGCGUUUGCUACGCAGUGGGCACAGGGCAGUCGUCGGCACCGUGAGAAAUAUCUGGCCAGGCCUCUCAAUGAUGACCGGGACGAAAUCGACAGAGACAUCGCCGAUGAGUUUGAUGGCAUCCUCCAGCAUCACUUGUGGGAUCAGGCACACCGCGCGAUCCAGCAAGUCUCCGAUUUGGAGUCAUAUAGAGUAGCAUGUGCCGAGUUGAUCUUCGGCUUGAUACAGCGGCCAUGGAACUCUAGCAACCGGUCUCCUAGACAAAGGGUGCGUGAACAAGGCCACAUGUUUGCAACAGACUCGGUGAUAUCAAAGGUAAACGAUAUAAUAGAAAAAGGAGGGCCGCCAAUAUACAUUGAGAGGGCAGCUCGAAAAAUGCACGCACUAAAGUAUCGCUGCGACGCGCUCAAAAAAGGCCUUGGCAAUCUGCAUGGCAGUCACGAGAAGGGUAAGCACGGCAUUGAGGCCAUGAGUGCUGAAGAUCGAGGGACGAUUGGUCUGCUUUACUGGGCGGCUAUCAUGUGUGACACCCUCUCCUCGUCCAUAAACGAGCGACCCGUUGUGGUACCCGAUCAGGACUGUGCGCAUGAAGAGCAAAAUGAGAUUCAGCAAGCCGGAAAUAUCGACAAAUCUGCUGAAAGCACACGGUGGAAUCUCGAUCUUUUUUUGCAAGGAAACCUCGAUGAGACGCGUCAAACGCACUGGCCCUGUUCCUAUAAGGCUGCCGCUGAAGACAUCAUUAAGUCAGCGCCGGUCAAGGUUCUUCUCUUCCGUCACCUGUCAUACAUACAAAAUGCCGUUCGCAAGGGUGCCCCUGAAGACCAGAUCGAAGACAUUCUCCACAUGACGAUGUUAUUAUAUGAAUACUGGAACAGAACGCACGGCGCCUUCUUUGGUGAACUGAUGCAGAACUACCGUACUGUUCCGCAACGCAUACAGAGCUGGUUUCUCUGUAUUUCUGCGCACUGGCAUCUUGCUGUCCUGAUGCUUGCCGAUCUGCUAGAGUUAAUUGACGAGAAUUCCCUGGGUAUGGAACGUGCAACUCAAAUUCGUAUCACUAGCCAAGCGGCGAGGAGAAUGAGGAUGCACAGUGCUAGGGAGCUAUCGGAUCUGGCAAGAGUCGGAACGAUGCCUACCAUGGUUGGUAAUAGCAUGGGUGUGCCGCAGGUGCCGGAGUUUCACCAUGUUGUUAAUGAGGGCAUGCUCCUGACCGAGCCAUGGAGGAUAGUUUUGAUCAAAGCGCUUACCAAAUCUUGCAUGGUAUUUCUGGGUGAAUUAGAUGAGUCCUUUCAGUAUGCCGAGACUAUAGUCGGGCACAACAACCAUCGUUUGGAGCGGAAUAUGGAUCAGGCUGAGGAUUGUAUUAAGGGGCUGUGGCUACUGGGUACCAAGUCGGAUAUGGCGCGAGAGAUCGCUGAGACAUUUUCACUCGCGCUAGCAGAAUUGCGGAGGUCUAACGACCCUAUAGAUAAUAUAUAA